AUGAAUGUGCGGGAGGCACGCGAGGAGCGGGAGGAGGCGGAACGGCAGAGGGUGGAGGCAGCCAAGGCGGCACAGGAGGAGGCGGACGCGACGGCCAAGGCCCAUGCCGAUGCCGCGGCCAAGGCCCAAGUGGCCGCUGCGACCAAGGCCCAGGCGGACGCGGCCGCCAAGGCGCAAGCGGAGGAGGCCGCACACGGCCGGACUCUACAACUCAUCAUCCCACUACGCUUCGCACCACUGGCGCCAGAGAUCCUGGCGUCGACUGGAGGAGCCGGCGACGAGCAGCCGAUCAUGGAGAGGGGAGGGGGCGACCCCGUCAUCAUGGAGGCGGAAGUGACCCCGCCCACGCCGACUACCGAUGCUCAGACCAGAGCCAAGGCCACCUUGCAGCAGCGACUGGGUGAAGCCCAAACUGUGCUGCGCACCAAGGAGGAGUGCAACAAGGCGGCCCAGGAGCGCGACCGCCUGGUCAAGGAGCUGGCAGACAAGGCGGACCAUCACGAGGCGGCACUCCAGAAAGCGAAGGACAGCGAGGCCAGCCUCUUGGCCAAGUUCGAGACCGAGCGGUCGGCCUUGGCCGAGACGGAGAAGGCGCUGAACGACGGCUACGGCCAAAUCGAGGACAUGCUCGAUGAGUACUUCCCUGGUCACGCCAUUGCCGCCAGCCAAGCCGUCAAGGCUCGCCGCAACGAGCGAAGACAAGCUGGUGCAGAAAUCGCACCCAACGCCCCUCGGACCCUCUGCGAGCAGCUUCUCGCCGUUCAAGCUCGUCUCUAG